UAUUAUAGAGGCUUCUCACCUGAGCCGCUAUCCCAGGGCUCUGGCAUGUCUCGUCCUAGUGCCAAAUCCAUCUACAUGCAAAGGAAGCAGUAUGCAGAAUCAAUCAGCAGACAACAAGACAACUUUCAGUACAGAGUAGAGCACCUGUUCACCUGUGUGUUAGAUGGCAGAGAGGUGAGCAGCAUUGAUGACUGUGUGAACAGGUUGAAGAAUAUGGACAGUAAAGGGAAAGUGUGGGGUCAGGACAUGAUCAUGCAGGUUCAGGCGAACCAGCUACAGCUGUGUGACAUAGAGACCAAGGAGUUUUUGGAGUCUGUGCACUUGAGUAGCAUCAGAGUGGCGAGAGCUGUUCUGGACAGUUGUGUGUAUGACUCCCUUCUCAUUAUCUCAGUUCAGGAUCCUAGCCAGAGAGCUCCACAGGCCUUCCUGUUCCAGUGUGAGGAGAUUGGGGCUCAGGAGGUGGCAAAUGAUCUGGAAAAGGCAAUACAGCAAGGAGGGGAUGCCACACCACUGUUUAAAGAACCACAGAUGGACAUCAGGAGCCAUUUGGAAAGCAUCAUUGGUCGGGGUUAUCCAGGGAGCAUGAAGAGACCAGUUCUCAUGCAGUCAAACCCUCCUCCCCCAGAAUUCCCACCUCCUCAGUACAACAACUAUGAAGACUAUGAUGACAGACGGCCUUCACCCACUAUGCCAUUCCCCAGAGAUGAAGCCCCUAACAGGCCAAUGCAGUCCGAGCAAGAGCAGACUCAACCUCCAUUCAGUGAUGUAGAGAGAGAUUCGGAGAUUUUUAACCAUGUAGCGGCCGACAUUGAGAUCUUCACAUAUAAAGUUGGCUCAGCUUUGCCAGAAGAUGAUGGAAGCAAGAAAAAGAAAAAGAAAAAUGCUGCAAAACAAUUUGUUGCAAGUAUGCCCCCUGUGGAGGAGUACAUAUCCUGUCUGCAGAAAAUAAAGUAUGGCUUUAACCUUCUGGGGAAGCUGGAUGGUCACCUAAAAAAUCCUCCUGCUUCUGAUUUGGUUCACAGUCUCUUUUCUUCCCUUGCCUUUAUGGUGAGUCAGUAUCCUCCCAACAUCCCUCCCACAGUGCUGAGUCCACUGCUCACAGAAAAAGCCCUGCAUCUCCUGGGAAGAUGCGUCACACCAAAUGAGGACGUACUGUGGGGCAGUUUGGGUGACGCAUGGAGCAUCCCAAGAUCCAAAUGGCCAAACGGGAAUCAGAUCCCUCCGUAUUAUCCCGAAUUUUACGACUGUUGGCAGCCCCUUCCGCCUGGUCCAUCCCUGUCCCCUCCCAGCAGCAGGCAGCUGUCACGGAGCAACAGCGAACGCUUCCCACCCAGGAACGCCAUGCAGAGGUCACCUGAACAGGACAACAGAGCCUGGAACACACCACCCAUGCGCAGGUCAGCUGAGCUGCCGCUCUACAUGAGGGUGAUCUAUGACUUCAUGGCAAGAAACAGUCAGGAACUGAGUGUGAUGCAGGGUGACAUGGUACAGAUAACCGACAAGUCCGGGCAAUGGUGGAAAGUGAAAAAUAGUCGUAAUGAGGACGGUUAUGUGCCUCAGAAUGUUCUAGAGCCUGUUGAUGGACAAAGGCCAACACUAAAUAUGAGAGGACCUCCAUCUCUAGAUAUGAAUUCUAGGCCUGAGGAAGUUAAAGCCUGGUUACAGUACAAAGGCUUUUCUAAAAUGACAGUCCAGACUCUUGGCGUGUUUAAUGGAGCAAUGUUGCUGGGAAUGAAACGGGAUGAUAUCAGAGCAAUAUGUCCUGAGGAAGGAGGUCGAGUCUUCUUCCAACUGCAGAGUGUCAGAUCCACCAUUGCACUUGCCAGUGAGGCUGAAUACAGUCAGUAUGGUGGCCGCUGAUAAGCUGAGGAAAUCGGUGCAUUUUGAUAUCAAGAAUCUGAACGUGUCUGGACCCGAAUGAACAAGAACUAUUCAGUAAAAACCUCAACAUUUCCAUUCAUUAGACAGUUCACAGUUAUUAUAUUACUCUUCACAGAUGC